AGCGAGCGGGGCGGCGGAGGGGGGGGGGAGGCGGGCGCGGCCGAGCGCGCAGGCACCGCGCUUGCUGCCGGCUCAGCGCUCCCGCCGCGCCCGGGCUCCGCCGCCGCGGCUCCCUCGCAGCAAGGGAAAGACGGAGGCGCUGGUGCGGGGAGGGAGCUUCUUUGCACCGAGCGGAGGGAAGGGGGGAAAAAAAAAAAAAAAGAAAAAAAAAAACAACACCCAAAAAAGGAGGAGGAGGAGGAGAAAGAGGAGGAGGAGGAGGAGGGGAAGGAAGGCAGGAAGGAGGAGAGAGGAGGAAAAAAAACCCCACCGAGCCAGACGCGCCGGCAGCACGGAGAGGGUCGCCGGCGGGCUGCCCCCGCACCCAUCAGCCGGAUCAAGACUCCGUGUGUGUGUGUGUGUGUGGAUUAAAACCUUGGGGAAGAAGGAGGAGAAAAAAAUCCCAAACCCCGCAUCAGGACGACCUGGGCUUUAAAAAGGGAUACAACACUCUGGAUGCGCUUGUUCUUCUCUUUUGUGACAGAUGCUUAAACCGAUUCCGACGUCCAAAUCUUAGGGUUGGUCGGGGUUUUUUUUCUUUUUUUUAUUUUUAAUUUUUUUAUUAGACAUCGUUUUUGCUUGCUUUUUUAUCUUUUGAUUCUGCCCUGCGUCGCAUCAAUCUCGUCUCUCUCUCCCCCUCCGCCCACCCGCUUCCCCCCCCCUCUCCAGGACUGGCGGGUUGAUGGGAGCUGCGGCCCCCAGGAGGCCGAGGAUCCCCCGCGGCUCCAGCCGCGCUCCGCAGCCGCGCAGGGCGGCGCGGCGCCGGCAACCUCAGCCCGCCUCCUCCAGCGCGAUGCGCCGCAGACUGUAGACGGGCUUUUGAUUUUUCUUUUCUUUUUUGGGCAAAGCCAGAGCAAGCAGCGGCUUGCUCCCCCCCCCCCCCUUUUUCUUUCCUCUCCCCCCCCCCCUUUUUUUUUUGGUAGGGUUUUUGUUUUUAGCAGCGGGCGGAGGCGCGGGCCGGCGCAGCCGCCCGCGGGAGGCGGCGGGACCCGCGGCCCCAGCGCGGAGACUGGCGCAUGCCACAGCCCGCCUGGGCCCCGCCGCCGCCUUCCCCCCGCCGUCCGCCGCCUGCCGCUGCCCGCCGCCGCCGCUGCGUCUCGGUUCCCGGCCCCUUCAUGCGCGGCGGACGACAUGCCCGUUUUGUAGCCGGGGGCCUCUCCUCUCGUCCCGCAUGUUCAGGACCAAACGCUCGGUGCUCGUUCGGCGGCUUUGGCGGAGCCGUGCGCCCGGCGGCGAGGAGGAGGAGGAGGCGGCGGCGGGCGAACCCGGCGCGGCGGCCGAGGCCCGGGCGCAUGUCUGCGGCGGGGGGCGCGGGUGUUGCCCGGGCAAGGCGGGCCGCGGUGGCCGGUCGUCCGCGGGCGCGGAGGCGGAACUGAAGGCGCUGACCCACGCCGUGCUGAAGCGGCUGAAGGAGCGGCAGCUGGAGGGGUUGUUGCACGCCGUGGAGUCCCGCGGUGGGGCGCGGACCCCCUGCCUGCUGCUGCCCGCCAAGGCCGACUCGCGGUUGGGCCAGCACUGGUACCCGCUGCCGGUGCUGCUCUGCAAGGUGUUCCGUUGGCCCGACCUCCGCAACUGCUCCGAAGUGAAGCGGUUAUGUUGCUGUGAAUCCUACGGCAAGGCUCACUCCGAGCUCGUCUGCUGCAACCCGUACCACCUCAGCCGGCUCUGCGAGCUAGAGUCUCCCCCUCCACCCUACUCCAGAUAUCCAAUGGAUUUUCUCAAACCAACUGAUUGUCCAGACUCUGUGCCUUCCUCCACUGAAACAGGGGGAACUAAUUGUCUAGCCCCUGGGGGGCUUUCAGAUUCCCAAGUUCUUCAGGAGCCGGGGGGUCGGUCACACUGGUGCGUGGUGGCAUACUGGGAAGAGAAGACACGUGUGGGUCGGCUGUACUCUGUCCAAGAGCCCUCCCUGGAUAUCUUCUAUGAUCUACCUCAGGGGAAUGGUUUCUGCCUCGGACAGCUCAACUCGGACAACAAAAGCCAACUGGUGCAGAAGGUCCGCAGCAAGAUCGGCUAUGGCAUCCAGCUCACCAAGGAAGUGGACGGCGUGUGGGUGUACAACCGCAGCAGUUACCCCAUUUUCAUCAAGUCGGCCACACUGGACAACCCCGACUCCAGGACGUUGCUGGUUCACAAAGUGUUUCCAGGUUUUUCCAUCAAGGCUUUUGACUAUGAGAAGGCGUACAGCUUGCAGAGACCCAACGACCAUGAGUUCAUGCAGCAACCAUGGACCGGAUUUACUGUUCAGAUCAGCUUUGUGAAAGGCUGGGGCCAGUGCUACACGAGACAGUUCAUCAGCAGUUGCCCGUGCUGGUUGGAGGUUAUUUUUAAUAACCGAUGACUCGAGACACAGUGGACUUAAGACAUUUCUACUACUUUGCUGCUAUUAUUUCCUUCUGAGUGCUUGCUUUUCAUGCAAACUUCUUGUUUUUGUUGUUUUGUUUGUUCGUGUGUGUGUGUCCCGUCUCCCUACACCCCCCCCCCAUUUUGAGAAAUAGCUUAUGGAAAGAUUUUUUUGCCUUGGGUAUUUUGAUAAAUAUAUCUAUUUUUUAAAAGUGUGAAUGACCAAUAACUCAGAAGGACGAGAGAAGGAUGCGGGGGGGAUAUGUGUGGAUCUCACGCAAUAAUUAUUUCACGCCUCUGAAAGGAUUAUCCUAUGUGAUCGAUGGAUUCGGAAGCCACUUGCUAUAUGUUACAGCUCCUUCUCUUGGAUAAAACAACAAGAUACCUGUAUUUUUUAUGCACCACCUUCCCCUUGCUGCCAGCCAUCCCCAGUGACAGUGAAACUGAGACCCCUUCCUCAGCAGUGCUAACCCCAUGUUGCCGCCGAAGGAUGGUGCAAAAUCUUCCCCAGCCAGGUCUUUACCCACUCUUUUAUUUUAUUUUUCUUGUUGCUGGGUUCACGUCUUGUCACUGUGUUCAUCCUUCCACUGCUACUUUUUUUUCUUUUAAUGGUCAUGGAUUGAUGCAAGGGGAGAAAACAACAGUGGAGAAACCUCAUGCAUGGCCUGUGCUUUAUAAUUUGAGCUGAGAUGCAAAGCGACAGAAGCCUAAGCCUAAAAAAAAAAACCAAAAAAAACCCCCAAAAAAAGAGAAAAAAAAAAAACCACAAAACAAAACAAACAAAACAAAUGGGGAAAAAAAAGCGUUCAUGAUAGUUGGUCUGUUGUAACCUACUUAGAUCAGGUUAUCUUGGUACCAUCCUAUCUGGAAAUGCAGUUGUACUUUCAUUUCUUCUUGAAUUCAUACACAAGUAUGAUACUUUUACACUGUUCUUAGCUCAAUGAGCAUGUUUAGACCUUAACAUAAGCUAUUUUUCUAAAUAUAAAGGUUUAAAUGAACAAGAGAGCAUUCUCAUUGGAACUUUAGCAUUGUAGUGCUUUGGAAAUAAAACACACACAAAAAAAGGACUCCUUAAAAAAACCCUGAGAUUUAUUAAAGAAAAAAAUGUAUUUUAUGUUAUAUAUAAAUAUAUUAUUACUUGUAAAUAUAAAGACUUUUAUAAGCAUCAUUAUUUAUGUAUUGUGCAAUGUGUAUAAACGAGAAAAAAAUAAGAAAGAUGCACUUUGCUUUAAUAUAAAUGCAAAUAACAUGCCAAAUUAAAAAAAAAAAAAAGAACACGAGAUUGGUGGUUUUUUCUAUGGGUGUUAUCAUCCAGAUGAAUGUUUUUUCUA